AUGGCGCCGCGGCGGCCCGGGCAGCUGCUGCGGAUGGUGGCCGGGAUGCAGGCGCUCGGCCUCGCCGUGCUGCACCUCAACGUGGUCACCGCGCCCGACGCCACGGCGCUCUACACGCUCAGCCUCAAGGUGGAGGAAGGGUGCGGCCUGGCGACGGCGGAGGACAUCGCCGCGGCGGUGCACCAUGUCCUCUGCAUCAUCGACGCGGAGGCGAGAGCAGCAGGGCAGCCCUAG